AUGCUGAGGAUGAAGAUGAACAUGAGGAUGAUGAUGAAGAUGAUGUUGGUGCUGGCGGUUGCCGUCGCUGUGGGCGUGGAGGCCCGUGGCGGCCGUGGGCGGCUGUCCAACUUCCUCAACAACGACAGCGGCCCUUCCGGCAACUCGCUGCGCAAGUUCAACACGCGCGCCAACCCAAUUGCACGCGAUGACCUUGAUGCACUGUCCGGCUCCAGCGAAGAGAACAUUGGCCUGUGCGCCUCCACCCCGAGCGUCGCCAACCUCAACACCAGCAUGCCCAUCCCAGACUCCUACAACUCCCACGAGGCAUACAGCAAGUGCAAGCCAGACAUCCUCCAGCAAGGAUCCUGCGGCUCCUGCUGGGCCUUUGCCACCACAGGUGUUCUGGCCCAACGCAUGUGCAUCAAGAGCGAGCAGAUUGGCCAGGGCUACGAGCUUGCACCGCAGGCGCUCGUCAGCUGCACGGACCAGAUUUGCUACACCAAGGCCGGUGACAGGUGCAGCUCCCCUUCCUCCACUUGCUACUGCUCCCUCGGCUGCGACGGCGGCUACCCGGACGGCGCUUUCCGCUUCAUGCAAGACGAAGGCAUUACGCCUGAGCUGUGCGUGAAGUAUGUGAGCAAGGACGGGACGGACCCGCUGGAGUGCUCGGAUGUGCAGACGAUGGUCAGCGAGUGCACUGCCACGUCAAACGCCACCGUCAACGGAGACAGAUGCUACUACCACAGCAGCAGCGACAUUGAGACAAUCCAGCGCGACAUUAUGCAACACGGCCCAGUGCUCGCCAGCUACGAGGUGUUUGAGGACUUUGGCGAGUACGACAGCGGCGUCUACACGUGCCCAGACGACGGCAGUGACUCAAUUGGCUGGCACGCCGUGAUCAUCGUGGGCUGGGGUGUUGAGGACAACACGCCAUAUUGGCUGGUCCAGAACAGCUGGGGCACUGGCUUUGGAAUCGACGGCUACUUUAAGAUUGCUCGCGGCACCAAUGAAUGCAACAUUGAAUCCCGCCUUGUCACUUCGCUCGUCAACACAGAGGGCGUGGUGUUUGCGUCCACGUCGGGCGCAGCUGUUGCCAAGCCAGCCACCGCAUUUCUGGCUGUCGCUGUCGCCGUUGCGGUUGCGGCCAUUUUCAGCACCAACUGA